AUGAAACAUGAGUUGGAUGCUCUUGAGCUGAACAAAACUUGGCGUCUUGUUGAUUGCCCUGCAGGGGUUAAGCCGGUUGGUUUUGAUCGAUAUAAAGCACGCCUUGUGGCUAAAGGGUUCACUCAAACUAAAGGUGUUAAUUUCUUGGAAACUUUUUCCCCUGUUGUCAAGCCUGCCACCAUCAGAUUAGUUUUGGCAUUGGCCUCUAUGAAGCAUUGGCCUAUAUAUCAGUUGGAUGUCAAUAAUGCUUUCUUACAUGGGAAUCUUUCUGAGGAUGUUUAUAUGACUCUGCCACCCGGAUUUAUAUCUCCUCAACCGAAUCAAUGCUGUAAGCUACUAAAGUCACUGUAUGGUUUACGGCAAUCUAGUCGUAUGUGGUAUGACAAACUUUCUCAUCUUUUGCUAUCUCAUGGAUAUCAGCAGACCUCAUCUGAUUAUAGUUUAUUUGUCAAAUUUAUUGGUGAUCAAAUUUCUAUCCUUUUAGUCUAUGUUGAUGACAUUGUUCUCACUGGUAAUUCUAUUUCUGAACUUGCUGCCAUUAAGUCUAUUUUGCACCAACACUUCCGAAUUAAAGACUUGGGCCCAUUAAAAUAUUUUUUGGGUAUUGAGGUUGCUCAAUCAGAGAAGGAAAUUUGCUUAUCUCAGAGAAAAUAUUGUCUUAAUCUUUUGGAGGAUUCUGGUUUAUUAGGUGCUAAACCUGCCUCUGUUCCAAUGGAUAGUACCACAAGACUAUAUCAUGACAAAAACCCCCUGCUAUCCGACCCUUUUGUAUAUCGUCGUUUGGUUGGCCGUCUUAUCUAUCUUACCACUACUCGACCGGACAUCAUGUAUGCCACUCAACAAUUAAGUCAAUUCAUGGCAUCUCCUACUAAAUCUCAUCUUCAAGCUGCCAAACAUGUGUUACGAUAUUUGAAAACUAGUCCCAGCAAAGGACUUUUCUUUCCAAGGGAAUCAGAAAUUCAGCUUCUCAGCUUCAGUGACUCUGAUUGGGCCAGAUGUCCUGACACUAGGCGAUCUUUAAUAGGUUAUUGUUUCUUCUUAGGCAGUUCUUUAGUCUCUUGGAAGACCAAGAAACAAACCACCGUUGCCCGCUCAUCCACGGAAGCAGAAUAUCGUGCACUUGCCAACACAACUUGUGAAGUUCAAUGGAUACUAAAUGUGUUACAAUUUUUACGCAUCUCUCCUAUCCGCCCACCAGUUUUAUAUUGUGAUAAUCAGAGUACUCUUCAUAUUGCUGCUAACCCGGUUUUUCAUGAACGAACUAAACAUUUAGAGGUUCAUUGUCACUUGGUUUGA